CGCGAGUAUAAAUACAGAUGUUACGAGUUCCUAUAGCUCGAGACUAUGUCCCUAGCAGUUACUUGAUAUACAAAUGUCUAUUCGAGUAGCGGCUUCCAUAAUACACAAUUUACGGAGACAUAAAUUGAAAGACCGGGUGCAGUUUAACACCUUUUACCGGCAAGUUAAGGCAAUCGGCACCACGAAGUUCUAUAUAAUGGACGGGAGAUACCGUUCCUUGCUUUUAUACAACACUCAUCCUUUCUUCUAUUCCUCUCGUGAGAGACAACUAUCUGCACCACGGUCUAGACCAUGAAUGCCCGAUUCGGAAGGUAAAAAUACCCCAAGCACCUUAUCUCAAAAC